CGCUGCGUGCGGCAAUGCGUGGUGUGGUUCGACUGUUUACAAAGUUUUUCGUAGACUGCAGAGGUCAAACUUGAAGUCAAAUUUCACAAUAGCAUCCCAUUUAGGUUUAAAUAUUAAUUAAUUCUGUGUCCCGGAAGAAAAUGAGUGCAAUACCAUCAAACGUGUUCGAAGAAAACUACCAGGCUGCUUUCGAUGGUUUGGAAAAACUUGAUAUUAGCACGUCUAAUGGCAAUUUUCCUUCCCAAUCGGAAUACAUUAUUCAAGUUUUCCUGGACUGCCAUAAAUCAGAAAAGGAUGCACAAGUUGAGAUAGCCCUCAAAUGUCUCAAGCUACUAAAACAGUCCUGUGCAUUGGGUCAAACCUUUCAAGAUGAGAUUAUUGGAAAAGAAAACCUACUAGAGACUUUCAAACGUAUACUUAAGGACGAAUCAGUACGGGAAGAUGUACGAGUUAGUUGUCUUCAGCUGAUAGCAAACCUGUGUGUUCAAAAUCCGCCAAAUCAAGAAAUAAUUCUAAGGGAAUUGCGAGGAGUUCUGCUCGAGUGUAUUGAGUCUAAUUCCCGUUUUGCAAACGCAUCCACAAUGAUAGUUUACAACGCCUUUCUGUCGAAAGUCAGUGCCAGUUUGGACGCCCAGCAGUUACUGGAAGUACUACUGGUUAACAUCGAAACUGCCCGGUUGGCUCAGCAAGACCCACCGGAAUUCGUGUCCAUUUUUCUUGAGUAUCUAAUGUGUAAAACCGCUGAAAUACUGGAUGGCUACGAGCGGAUUAGUUUCGAGAAACGCAUUCAAUUUUUGCGCUAUUUGAUGGAAUAUAUUCGUACAGAAGACAGACGCAGUACUCCGGUGAACCGCGAGCUUUUUCACCACUUAAUGCUUGACUUCAACCAAAAAUGCGACUCGGUGCUGAAAACUAACGAUAGCUUCCUGGAUCAGGACCAGUCGGAGGAACUGUUUACACUACUGAUGCUGCUUUCGGAUGCAACCUGCGUUCACCCAUAUGGGCAGUUUUUGCGAUUGUACAAAACGUUGUUUUUGAAUAUGGGUUAUCUACUGCGACAAUUGCAUGAAAUUGGUAAAAAUGAGAACGAUAACAUGUUUACGCCAGUUAAUAAGAUCGAGGAGAUGCUUAAGGUCAAGCAGGGAACCAGCGAAAUCAAAGUAGAGGGAGAUAUUUCGUUCACGCUGAAGUCAUCGUUGGUGAAAGCGUUGGCUAAUCUUCUUUAUCAAAAUAAAGUUAAUCAGAACUUGGCGCGAGAGACGGGUUUUAUACCGGUGCUACUAGAAUGUACCAAUUUGGAUGCAAGAAAUCCGCUUAUGAAGGAAUGGACUAUUCUGGCUAUUCGGAACCUCUGCGAAGAGAAUAUAGAGAAUCAAAAAUUAAUAGCAUCUCUGUCGAAGGUGGGUGAUGCGGAGAAUUCACUACUUUCCGAAUACAAUGCGGAGGGAGGUACUAUCCGAAUAUCAUCGUCGUCAGAGAAAAAAUAGUUUGUGUUUAGUUGACUAGAACGGAAUCACAAAAACAGUUUACUCGGAAACUGUUCGUAGAACAACGCUGGGUUUGGUUUGCUUAUUGGCCUGUGUUCGAAGCUAGAAUAAACGAUAAAUCAUUAAAUAAGCAAAUUAAA